AUGUUCGUAUAUUGUUCUUAUAAUGACGUUCUUAUAAUACGUCUUCUCAUAAUUAAUGUUCGUAUAUUAUGUCUUCUUAUAAUGACUGUUCUUAUAAUACGUCUUCUCAUAAUUAAUGUUCGUAUAUUAUGUCUUCUUAUAAUGACUGUUCUUAUAAUACGUCUUCUUAUAAUUAAUGUUCGUAUAUUAUGUCUUCUUAUAAUGACUGUUCUUAUAAUACGUCUUCUCAUAAUUAAUGUUCGUAUAUUAUGUCUUCUUUUUAUAAUGACUGUUCUUAUAAUACGUCUUCUUAUAAUUAAUGUUCGUAUAUUAUGUCUUCUUAUAAUGACUGUUCUUAUAAUACGUCUUCUCAUAAUUAAUGUUCGUAUAUUAUGUCUUCUUAUAAUGACUGUUCUUAUAAUACGUCUUCUCAUAAUUAAUGUUCGUAUAUUAUGUCUUCUUAUAAUGACUGUUCUUAUUUUUUGUCUUCUUAUAAUUAAUGUUCGUAUAUUAUGUCUUCUUAUAAUGACUGUUCUUAUAAUACGUCUUCUUAUAAUUAAUGUUCGUAUAUUAUGUCUUCUUAUAAUGACUGUUCUUAUAAUACGUCUUCUUAUAAUUAAUGUUCGUAUAUUAUGUCUUCUUAUAAUGACUGUUCUUAUAAUACGUCUUCUCAUAAUUAAUGUUCGUAUAUUAUGUCUUCUUAUAAUGACUGUUCUUAUAAUACGUCUUCUCAUAAUUAAUGUUCGUAUAUUAUGUCUUCUUAUAAUGACUGUUCUUAUAAUACGUCUUCUCAUAAUUAAUGUUCGUAUAUUAUGUCUUCUUAUAAUGACUGUUCUUAUAAUACGUCUUCUUCAUAAUUAA